UGCUGUCCUGCGCCUAGUCUCCGCACACAAGUACAACAGCGACACACUUUAGUGUUCAAGAUUUCGACGACGGCGAACGGUGCCUCACCCCCCAUCCUAUUUCUAACAUUCUCUAUUUCAUGUAUGUUUGUUUGUCUCCCCAUUCUCUAUUUAGAUUUAUUUCUCUUUAUUUGUUGGCAUAAAACAUAAUGAAGCACAAAGAUCAAAUUCUGGCUCAAUUACUACGGUUACAGUUGUAGAGAAUUAGAAGAAGCAAAGCAAAGUGAAGAAGAGUGAUGAAGCGGUUUUUCAAAGUAGUAGAGAAAGAUUCAGACAAAUGUUCCAAGAAAGCGAAAGAAAACGAUAACAAGAACGAAGAAGAAGAAGAAGAAGAAGAAAAAGAAACGAAUAAGGAGCCAUUGAAGUUCAUGACAUGGAACGCCAACAGUUUAUUCCUCCGCGUCAAAAACAAUUGGUCUGAAUUCAGCAACUUCAUCACUACCUUCGAUCCCGAUGUCAUUGCCAUUCAAGAAGUUCGAAUGCCCGCUGCUUCUUCUUCUUCCAAUUCCAAAUCCGCUCCUAAAAAUCAAGCUGAAAUUAAAGAUGAUACUAACUCCUCUAGGGAAGAAAAAAGGAUAUUGAUGCGUGCACUUUCAAAUCCACUGUUUGGGAACUAUCGUGUUUGGUGGUCUCUCGCAGAUUCAAAGUAUGCAGGGACAGCACUAUUUGUGAAAAAAUGUUUCAAGCCCAAAAGCGUUGUUUUCCAUCUUGAUAAAAUAGCUUCAAAGCAUGAACCAGAUGGCCGAGUAAUCUUAAUUGAAUUUGAAACACUUCGUUUAUUGAAUACAUAUGUACCAAAUAAUGGGUGGAAAGAGGAGGCAAACUCAUUUCAAAGGAGAAGAAAAUGGGACAAAAGAAUCCUGGAAUUUGUUAACCAAAAUUCAGACAAGCCUUUGAUAUGGUGUGGGGAUCUGAAUGUCAGCCAUGAAGAGAUCGAUGUGAGUCAUCCAGAGUUUUUCAGUACAGCAAAACUCAAUGGUUAUGUUCCUCCAAAUAAAGAGGACUAUGGGCAGCCUGGAUUUACCUUGGCUGAAAGAGCACGAUUUGGUACCAUCUUAAGAGAGGGAAAGCUGGUAGAUGCCUACAGAUUUCUGCACAAGGAUAAGGAUAUGGAGCAGGGCUUCUCGUGGUCUGGAAACCCAGUUGGGAGGUACCGUGGAAAACGUAUGAGAAUAGACUAUUUUAUAGUUUCAGAAAAACUUAAAGAAAAUAUUAUUGCAUGUGAAAUGCAUGGACAAGGGAUUGAGUUACAAGGUUUCUAUGGAAGUGAUCAUUGUCCAGUUACCUUGGAGCUCGCUCCUAGCUCCAACUCUCAAAAUGAGGACCCAAUAUAAGUACUAUUAGCUGUUUAUGUUACAAAGCCACUGUCAGUUAUCAUCAUCCUAUUUACUUCUCUUUUGUCUAGAUUAGAUGCUUACUGUUCCGUUAAUGAGAACCGACAAGCUAUUUCGUACUGUGUUCUCUUGCAUGGACUAGCUGCAAUGCAUGCAUAAGUGCAAAACCGGUGGUGGUUGUAGGAAUUUCCCAUGAACUUUAUUUUUUUUGGGGUAGUACAUACUAGUUCUUCGUUUAAAAUCAAGAUACCUAACAUUUAUGCCGA